AUGCCACGCGUGCUAUGUGUUGCUGAGAAGAACUCUAUUGCCAAAGCUGUUGCUGGAAUUUUGAGCGGUGGAAGAUCGUCCAGACGCGAUAGCCCCAGUAAAUACAUCAAGAAUUAUGAUUUUACAUUUGAUUUCCCAUUCGCUGGAACGAGCAGUGUGACAAUGACAUCAGUAGCGGGCCAUCUCACAGGGCUGGAUCUUGAUCAGGCACAUGGAUGGGGAAAAUGCCCAAUUCCACAGGUUUUCGACGCGCCCAUUGUUGACAUACGUACUAAAGACCAGCAGAAAAUGGCGGAGAACAUCAAGAGAGAAUGCCGAAACGCUGAUUACAUUAUGAUCUGGACUGAUUGCGAUCGGGAAGGUGAAUAUAUUGGCUGGGAGAUUGUCCAAACCGCCAUACAGGCAAGCAGAUCGCUCCAAGGAAAUGUCUUCCGGGCUAUUUUCUCCCACUUGGAAGGUGGACACAUACUACACGCUGCCAGAAACCCGGCAAGGCUUGACCAGCGUGCCGUUGACGCGGUACGAACGAGAAUGGAAGUCGAUUUGAGAUCUGGGGUAGCCUUUACCAGGUUUUUGACUGAGUUGCUGGGCUCUAAAGUCGAGCGUGACUUGGGCCAAAGAAACAACCAGCGGCCAAUAAUAUCUUAUGGAACUUGCCAAUUUCCUACGCUGGGAUUUGUUGUUGAUCGGUUCGAAAGAAUACGGAAAUUUGUGCCUGAGAAAUUUUGGUACUUAGUAGUAGCUAUACCGAAUGGUACUGACACGACUGUUUUCCAAUGGGAAAGAGGCCACCUUUUCGAUCGUUUUGCAGUUGCCGUAAUAUAUGAACUCUGUCUUGAGACUUCGCGUAAUUUAGCGAAUGUCAGUGACAUCAAGUCAAAACCAACCACGAAGUAUAGACCCUUGCCCUUGACGACAGUCGAACUGCAAAAAAACUGCUCUCGCUUUUUCAAAAUGAGUGCGAAGACUUCGCUGGAUGCAGCUGAAAAGCUGUACCAAAAGGGAUACAUAUCCUACCCAAGAACUGAAACGGAUAGUUUUCCGUCGAAUAUGGACUUACAGUCUCUUGUCGAGCAACAAGUGUCUGAUAACCGCUGGGGAUCCUACGCACAAAGCCUCUUGACUGGGUCAACUUCAAACCGGUUCAAGUGGCCAAGGGCCGGUAAACAUGACGACAAAGCACAUCCUCCAAUCCACCCCAUUGUCAGCAGUGGCACUGGUCUCGACAAUGAAAAUGAGAAAAAAGUAUAUGAAUACGUCACCCGACACUUUUUAGCUUCAUGUUCUGAAGAUUCUAAAGGCCAUUCUACUACAAUGACUUUACAGUGGGGUAAUGAAUACUUUACCGCUAAUGGUAUCGUGGUGCUGGAACGAAACUUUCUGGAUGUCUAUGUCUGGAUGAAAUGGGAAACCACAAAGCAGUUACCAAAUCUGAAUCUUGGCCAAGAAGUGGAGCUUUCAUCCUACUUGAUGAAGGAAGGACAAACUUCACCUCCCAAUCAAAUGACUGAGAGUGAAUUAAUUUUACUAAUGGAUGCCAACGGAAUUGGUACAGACGCCACGAUUGCAGAACAUAUUGAGAAAAUACAGCAAAGGAAUUAUAUUAAGAAAAAGAAGGUAAAUAAGCAAAUUUACCUGAUACCGACUACCCUAGGAAUUUCUCUGGUACACGGAUUCGAAGCAAUUGGACUGGAAGAUUCUUUUGCCAAGCCGUUCCUUCGCAGGCAAAUGGAGGUCGACUUAAAACUGAUCUGUGAGGGAAACAAAGAUAGGGCAGAGGUAGUAAACGAUUUUAUCACCAAAUAUCAAGAAUAUUACGGUUUAACUAGUACGAAACAAAACAAACUAAUUGAAAUAUAUACCGAUAUCAAAUCGGUGAUGUGA